CACCUCGCCGCGAUCUUCCUGACCCCCGCAUCCCUCCUCGCCCGCCAUGUUCUGCGCCAUCUCCGGCGAGCCGCCGAGCGAGCCCGUCGUGUCCGUCAAGAGCGGCCAGCUGUACGAGGCGCGCCUCAUCCGCAAGUACGUCGAUGAGAACGGCAAGGACCCCAUCACCGGCGAGGCGCUGCAGCACGACGACCUCGUCGCCAUCAAGGCCUUGCCGCGCAUCGCCGCGCCGCGCCCGCCGUCGCACUCGUCGAUCCCCUCGCUGCUCGCAGCGCUGCAGACCGAGUACGACGCCAGCGCCCUGCAGCUCUUCACGCUCAAGAAGAACUACGACGACGUGCGCAUGGAGCUGGCGCACGCGCUGUACGCCAACGACGCCGCCGCGCGUGUUGUCGCGCGCCUCAUGGCCGAGCGCGACGAGGCACGCAGUGCGCUCGCCAGCAUCUCGGGCAGCCUCGGCGUCGCGGCGCCGGCGGCGGGUGGUGACGCGGAGAUGGCGGAUGCGCAGCCGUCUGGGCCGAAGCUGCCCGCUGCAGCCGCUGGCAUUGUCGAGACGAUGGCCAAGACUCUCUCGUCGCAGCGGCGCCAGAAGAUGAAGCGCAAGGCGCCCGAGGGCUACGCGACGCGCGAGACGCUUGCCACCUACACGCAGCUGGCGUCGCUGCCGUCGAUGCACAGCACCAAGCCGCCGGGCGUGACGGCGCUCGACGUGUCGAGCUCGGGCGCGCUGCUGCUCACCGGCGGCGCCGACAAGCAGGUGCAGGUGUACGACCGCGCCGCCGAGCGCACCGUCGCGACGCUCAAGGGGCACACGAAGCGCAUCACGCGCGUCGUCUUCUCGCCGGCGCAGGAGGGCGAGACGGGCGCGCCGGCGUACGCCGUGAGCGCGAGCGAGGACAACUCGCUGCGCGUGUGGGCGUGCGCCGACGUGGCCGCCGAGACGCCGGCGUACGCGCUCAAGCACGUGCUCAAGGGCUACAAGGCCGACGUCACGGGCCUCGACAUCCACCCCUCGGGCGCGCUGCUGGGCAGUGCGUCGCGCGACGGCACGUGGGCGCUGCACGACCUCGCCAGCGGCGAGCGGCUGCUCGUCGUCGACGCACCCACGGGCGAGGCCGACGACGAGGCCGCCGGCGGGUACGCGUACGAGAGCUUUGCCUUCCACCCCGACGGCCAGCUGGCGGCGACGGGCACGGCCGAGGGCGUGGUGCGCGUGUGGGACAUUCUCGCCGUGCAGAAGGUCUCGACGUUCCGCGGCCUCGCCGGCGCCGCCUCGGCGCUGGCCUUUGCCGAGAACGGCUAUCAGCUGGCCGUCGGCGGGCGCGCGUCGGGCAGCGUGCAGGUGUGGGACCUGCGCAAGCUGGCCGUCGCCGCGACGCUCGAGGGCGCCGAGGGCGGCAGCGUGACGGCGCUGCGCUUCGACGCCACGGCGACGUUCCUGGCGGCGGUGGGCACCGACGUGCGCGUGUGGGGCAACAAGACGUGGGCGCAGCUGCUGCUGCACGAGGGCAACAGCGCCGAGCUGACGGGCGUGGCGUGGGACGCGCGCGACGCCUCGCUCGUCGUCAGCAGCCUGGACCGGACGGUGCGGACGCUGGGCGCGCCCAAGGCCGAGUAGGCGCGGUGCCUUGCCCAAAAGCUGAUGUAUCUGAUGCCCUGCUGAAUCCACACCCGAGUUGCAUCG